AUGAUUAGAUUUGUCACAUUAUUCAUCCUUAACUUAACCUGUAUCGGUCUCUGUAGAAGAUCUGAGGUCCCUGGGAAUGGAGUAGUCCUCGACAUUACCAAUCCAGAUGGGAAUAAGAUAGAAACGCUCACCAGAAGCCCAUACGAAAUACUCACAAAGGUCUAUAUUGCCAGAGAUGGACAUAGAGUGAUUUCAGUGGAAGAUGGAGGGGAGAAGUUGUGGACUUUGACCGGGGAGCACCUCUAUGAGCAUUCCGUCGUAGCAUUUGACGAGAAGAGUGGUCCGAUCUUUGCAUUUAUUUCUUUAAAGGAUGGUAGUGGCCUCAAAAGCGGUCUGUACUACGAAAAAAAGGACAGGUGGACUGAGGUUACGGAAGAAAAGUUUUUCAAGAGCUUUCAUAGGGUUGUUCUCAGAGUUAGCACCUCUAGAACCUUUGUUCUAGAGACUGAAAAGGACUACCAAUAUAGGGAAUUCUAUAUCAACAAGUCCUCCAAGUUCCCUUUUGCAGUGUACGCAGCAAACAGCAUUGCCCGUCUCAAGGGAGUUAGAUGCGAAGGUUCUGUCGUGUGGAAUGCUACGUCAGAAGAUGAAAGAUGUAUCUAUGCCUCAUUCUACCCAAGAGACGAACAUAAACUGGCAUAUCUCAUGGUAGAUGACGGGGAGGAGAAAAGGGAUAUUUACCUCCACAAUUUUUUUGGGCUAUGGGUUCCCAUUACUAAGGACGUAUAUUUAGAAGAGUUGAUUUCAAAUGGGUUUGAUCCAAGCAAAUUUGACGAUAGGAUCACCCUGGAUAUGGGAGAUAUAAACAAGGAACAAUUUCACAUGCACGUCUAUAUGGUACAUGGGAACUAUACGCGCCUUAUUACUCCACUACCAGGAUACAAACUUACAAGAGUUGUCUUAGGUGAUGAUUUGAUAUGGGAGGCGGCUGAUGGAAAACAUUGUAUCUAUUUAAAUUCCGUUACAGAGCAAACAGAACCCCUUGCAUUGUUUAUGUUCGUGGAGGAUCCUACAGGUUCCCGUAAAAUUUUAUAUUUCAAGAGGGAAGAUGAUGGUUGGGUAGAAGUUAAUAGAGAGGGAUAUUAUAAUCCAAUCGUGGAUGAUAAUUCCCCAAUAUACACCCACAAGGGUGACGGAAACGUUAUUAUGAGCAGUUUUAGGAACAAGCAAGGUCUACGGAUUGCAACAUAUGCCUCUAGAGUGGAGAACGCCAAGGGAGAUAUCAUUCUUAUUCAUGGAUUCAGAUCAUUUUUCAUGUCAGAAUUUUGUGCAUUCAAUAUAAACUGGAAUUUUGAGCACCUGAAUUUCCCUUACUUCCCACACAAUUGCACAUUUUCUGCAUGUAAUAAACCGAGGGGUGUCCUUUACAUUGGUAAAUAUAAACGUCUCUUUGAAUACGGAUCUCUGAACGGUCUAAAUGCCUUUGAGGUGACACCCAGAUACGAAUAUGACUAUAGUGUUGUGUACUUUUUAAAUAAACUUGGCUACAACGUCUAUGCAAUGGACAAUCAGUCUCAGGGUCUAUCUGAGGCCAUUAGCGAUUUAAGAUGUUAUGUGAACAAUUUUAAAGAUUACAUUUAUGAUUUACUUCAGUUUGUCAGUAUAGUGAAAAGAAGCAAAUUUGAUGACCCUAGCGAAACUUUUGAUGAGAGCAGCCUCUACGAGAACAUUCCUACGGAUAGGAAAAUCUUCUUGCUCGGAUUUUCAAUGGGUGCUAACAUUUCGAUUCAGGCUAUUCAGGACUUUCACAAGAAUGCAAAGACCGGAACAAAAUUUGUGGACGCCUUCAUUGGAUUUUCCGCAAUGUUGAACCUAGAUUGUCAUGCAUACGACUGGACGAGGGUGCUUGCAUUUUAUGCCUUGAAAGUGGCAAUGGUGGCAUUACCAGAUACGAAGAAUCCGCGUGAAUUCCUCCUAAACUAUGGGGAGUCCUUUGACUUUUUUAUAAGGUUCAAAGACCCAUUUCAUCAUUCUGGUGGAACCGCAUUCAAAACACUGGGAACCCUUUUUAAAGUUUGUGAUGAAUUGGAUCACGUUGAUAAUAUGCAAUAUUAUCCUAGAGAUUUACCUACGAUCUUUUUUCAUUCCAAAGAGGAUUUCAUGUCCGGGAUCAAGGGACCUAGAAACUUUAUCGAUAGACAUUUCAAGGGUAACAAGAAUUUUAAGCUCAUAGAACUAGAUGGACCAUGCCAUUAUCUGACAGUGUAUCAAGCAAUGUCAACAAUAAUGCCGUCUUUGAGGAGCUGGUUCGAUGAGUUGCCUGGAAAACUUCCAGUCCACGAAGAUGAUCUCAAAUCCGAUGAGUUUUGA